UGCUUCGCCUCUUCGUUCUGGUGGCCGUGCUAGGCGUGGCCGCUGCCGCCACCGACUACUGCAAGCUGUGCCCUGACCACGUCAUGUGCAAAUACCCCAGCGCCACACCGGGGAAGGCGUGCAAAAACUACAAGAAGCCAACCAUCUCGGCCAGCGACAAAGAACUCAUCGUGCGGCUGCACAACGAGUACCGUAACAAGGUGGCGUUGGGGCAGGAGAAGCGCGGCAAGAACAACCCGCAGCCGUCUGCUUCGAAUAUGAGGAAAAUAUCAUGGGACGACGAGAUCGCUACCUAUGCUCAGCGCUGGGCGGAUCAGUGCACCUUCGAACAUGACACGUGCCACACGACCAAGGACGGAACCGUGUCUGGACAAAACCUGCUCCUCGGUGGUCUUGCCCCCAACCAGACCAAACCCGAUUGGACAGCAGCUGUGAAGAUAUGGUACGAGGAAGUAAAAGAUCGUGAUGGGUCACUCAACACCAAGCCAUUCAAGGUCGACGGGACCUUCAUGGACGUAGGGCACUACACGCAGCUGGGGUGGGCGCAGACCUACGCCGUGGGCUGCGCCUACUCGACCUACACCGCGGGCUCCGGCAAGGCUCCAGACACGCAGCUCGUCGUCUGCGACUACAAGCCGAGCGGCAACUUCCUGGGAGAGGUCAUGUACCAAGGCGGCCAGCCCGCCUCCAAGUGCCCAGCCGGCACCAAGAAGGACUCGACGUACAAGGGCCUGUGUGCCAGCACCUCGCAAACUGCUUCGAAAUCGAUUCAGGCUCAAGCAUCUGUUCGCACAGCGCGCGACAGUCAGAAGCCUAAGAACUCACCCAAAACCGCAGCCACAUCUCACAAAAAGACGCCACCGAAGAAGGCACCGAAAACUAAACGCCCGUCUCACAAGAGGAAGAAACCGAAGAAGGCACACAAAACCAAGCACAACCAAUAAUCUGAGGUUGAGGAAUAAUCAGCCCAAAGUAAUCUCCGUGAAUUGAAGAAAUGGUUCAUGCACUCAUAUGCACAUGCCUUGCACUUUCAAUAAAAGAUAUGCUCAACCGCAAAGAA